AUGCCGUUUGGGUGUGUGACUCUGGGUGACAAGAAGAACUAUAACCAGCCAUCGGAGGUGACUGACAGAUAUGAUUUGGGACAGGUCAUCAAGACUGAGGAGUUCUGUGAGAUCUUCCGGGCCAAGGACAAGACAACAGGCAAGCUGCACACCUGUAAGAAAUUCCAGAAGCGGGAUGGCCGCAAGGUGCGGAAGGCAGCCAAGAAUGAGAUAGGCAUCCUCAAGAUGGUGAAGCAUCCCAACAUCCUGCAACUGGUGGAUGUGUUUGUGACCCGCAAGGAGUACUUUAUCUUCCUGGAGCUGGCCACGGGGAGGGAGGUGUUUGACUGGAUCCUGGACCAGGGCUACUACUCGGAGCGAGACACAAGCAACGUGGUGCGGCAGGUCCUGGAGGCGGUGGCCUACCUGCACUCACUCAAGAUCGUGCACAGGAACCUCAAGCUGGAGAACCUGGUUUACUACAACCGGUUGAAGAACUCAAAGAUCGUCAUCAGCGACUUUCACCUGGCUAAGCUAGAGAAUGGCCUCAUCAAGGAGCCCUGUGGGACCCCCGAGUACCUGGCCCCAGAGGUGGUAGGCCGGCAGCGGUAUGGACGCCCUGUGGACUGCUGGGCCAUAGGAGUCAUCAUGUACAUCCUGCUUUCAGGGAAUCCACCUUUCUAUGAGGAGGUGGAGGAAGAUGACUAUGAGAACCACGACAAGAAUCUCUUCCGGAAGAUCCUGGCUGGCGACUAUGAGUUUGACUCUCCAUACUGGGAUGACAUUUCGCAGGCGGCCAAAGACCUGGUCACAAGGCUGAUGGAGGUGGAGCAAGACCAGCGGAUCACCGCGGAAGAGGCCAUUUCCCAUGAGUGGAUUUCUGGCAAUGCUGCUUCUGAUAAGAACAUCAAGGAUGGUGUCUGUGCCCAGAUUGAAAAGAACUUUGCCAGGGCUAAGUGGAAGAAGGCUGUCCGAGUGACCACCCUCAUGAAACGGCUCAGGGCACCGGAGCAGUCCAGCACGGCUGCAGCCCAGUCUGCCCCAGCCACAGACACUGCCACCUCUGGGGCUGCAGGCGGGGCCACAGCUGCAAGUGCAGCUGCCCCAGCCCUUGGGGGCAGUGCCACCCCAGCCACAGCGGGUGAUGUUACGAAGAGCGAUAAUGUAGCCCCUGCAGACCGUAGUGCCACCCCAGCCACAGAUGGCAGUGCCACUCCAGCCACUGAUGGGAGCAUCACCCCAGCCACUGAUGGGAGCAUCACCCCAGCCACUGAUGGGAGUGUCACCCCAGCCACCGACAGAAGUGUUACUCCAGCCACUGAUGGGAGAGCCACACCAGCCGUGGAAGAGAGCACCAUGCCCACUACCCAAAGCAGUGCCACACCGGCCACCAAGCCUGCUGCCACCCCUGAGUCGGCUUUGGCCCAGCCGGACAGCACAGCCCCAGGGGGCGCAACAGGCCAGGCUCCACCCUCUAGUAAAGGGGAAGAGGCUGCUGGCUCUGCCCAGGAGUCUCGGAGGGAGGAGACCAGCUGA